AUGGGCUGUUGCUCCGGCCGCUGCGAGCUCAUCUUCCUCUGCACUUUCCAGCUGGUCACUGCCUUGGAGCGGCAGGUGUUCGACUUUCUGGGCUAUCAGUGGGCACCCAUUCUGGCCACCUUUGUCCACAUCGUCAUGGUCAUCCUGGGGCUCUUCGGCACCAUCCAGUACUGGCCUCACUACAUUGUGUACGCGGUGUGGGCGAACAUCUGGGUCACCUGGAACGUCUUCAUUAUCUGCUUCUACCUGGAAGUGGGGGGACUCUUGAAGGACAGCGAGCUCCUGACCUUCAGCCUCUCCUGGCACCGGUCCUGGUGGUGUGAGCAUGGCCCGGGCUGCCUGCGUGAGGAGCCAGAAGCUGGCCUGGGGCCCCCGGAUGGACAGGCCUUGGUGCCAGGCAUUGGCUGUGCCCUGGAGCAUGGCCACGCUGAAGCCCUGCACAGCGCCCUGCAGAUCCUGUUGGCGCUCCUGGGCUUCGUCUAUGCCUGCCACGUGGUCAGCGUUUUCACCGAGGAGGACAGCUGUGAUUGA